UUUAAGUUUUGAUUAUAUUUAUUCAUUCUGUUUACGCAUUUACUGAUACAACAUUUACAGAGUAUUUUGAACAGAUAAAUAAGGACACCGUUAAAAGAAGAACUCACUUGGAACCAUCAUACUACAAAAAGGAUAAUGAAUACUCAUAAAUAGAAAAAAGGAAAUGCAAGAUUUUUAAAUAUAAUGCGGAGAUAAAUGUACUUUUUAGUGAAAAUGAUACAUAUCAAGGUACAUAUGACGACGAAAAACAAGAAAUAAACAAACUUGAACAAAUCGACUUAAAACAUACAUCAGAUUUAGAAGUUUUAGAUUUAAAAUAAACACAUUGGAUAAUUUACGCCCAGAAUAUUUUAAAAACUAAAAUCACGAUGAGUACACAGUCACAGGAGAUGCAAGAAUGUAAUAUGAAAGCUAUUAUAGUAAGAGAACUUGGAAAGCCAGAGGCACUUAAAUUGGAAAGAACAGAGGUACCAAAGCUAGGUGAAAAACAGGUACUAGUUAAGAUACACAGUGUCUGCAUAACACCUAUAGAUAUCUACCUGUGCAAGGGGACCCACUGUGUUACUCCCACUCUACCAUUCACUCCAGGGAGGGAUGGCGCGGGUAUUGUAGCUCAAGUGGGUGACAGUACUUCUAGAAUUAAGAGGGGUGACAGAGUAUAUUUCACACGCAGUAUUACUGGAUGUUAUGCACAGUAUGCUCUGGUCAACAUAAAGUAUGUGUUUCCCCUCAGCGUGAAGCUCAGCUACAGUCAAGGGGCCUGUCUUGCAUCAACCUACUUUACGGCAUACAGGGCCCUAAUUUUAAAAGGUAAAGCCAAGGCACAUGAAGCUGUUCUAGUGCAUGGGACCAGUGGAGGGAUUGGUAUUGCUAGCUGUCAGAUAGCCAGAGCACGCUACAUGAAUGUAUAUGGUAUUGCUAAAACAACGGAGGGCAGGGCACUUAUGAAAGAGAAUGGUGCACAGAUGGUACUCAGUGAUGACGAUCCAAGAUAUCCUGAAAAAAUAAUGGAAAUCACUGACAAUAGAGGGAUAGAUGUCGCCUUGGAGUCCCAUGCAGAAAGUAGUAUAGAAGAUGACAUUCCACUUCUGAAGACAUAUGGAAGAUGUGUGUUGAUUGGGAGCAGGGGUGACAUCUAUAUUGACCCUAGAGAUCUGAUUACAAAAGAAAUCUCAUUGGUUGGUGUGAACAGAGCCAAUACAACAGAAGCAGAUUGGAAGGAGAGUGAGAGGGCAAUUCAGACUGGUAUCGAAGAGGGUUGGCUGAGACCACCCAUCUCACAUACAUUUGCCAUAGAGGAUGCCCCAAAGGCCCACACCCUGGCACAGGUCUCUGAAGCCUUAGUGACUCUCACUGUGUGUCGGGAAGAUGAGCCCCUUGAAAACAUCUCUCCUGGUUACCAUGGCAACAUUAAUCCAGCAUUCAAUCCGGAAAUAACAACUCAAAAGAGUCGAGAAGAGGUUGUUCUACCAG